AUGGCUAAAAAACGAAAGCACGACUCCAAAUCCACUGAACCAGCGGAAGAACCGCCGAAUAAACUACAGCAACAAGAACAACCAAAGGAAGAACCCCAAGAAGAACAACACGAAGAAGAAGUAGAAGAAGAAGAAGUUGAAGAAGAGGAAGAAUAUGAAGAAGUCGAAGAGGAAGAAGAAAAUGAAGAUGAUCAAGAUGGAGAAACCAAUCAAAACGCUGAGAUCUCAGCUGGUGAGAAUCGAAACGAUGAAGAAGAUGAAGAUGAGGAGCCGAUUGAUAAACUUCUUGAACCGUUUGGAAAAGACCAGCUGAUUAAUUUACUACGUGAAGCAGCUGAUUCUCACCGGGAUGUUGCGGAUAAAAUCCGGCAGGUGGCUGACCAAGAUCCGGUGCACAGGAAGAUUUUUGUUCAUGGGCUUGGUUGGGAUACGAACGCUGAGGCUUUAAUGAAUGCCUUUAAGCCUUAUGGCGAGAUUGAGGAUUGUAAAGCCGUGUGCGAUAAGGUUUCAGGGAAAUCAAAGGGUUAUGGGUUUAUUUUGUUCAAGAAAAGGAGUGGGGCGAGGAAGGCGUUGAGGGAACCGCAGAAGAAGAUUGGGAAUAGGAUGACAGCUUGUCAACUGGCUUCGAUUGGCCCGGUUCCACAGUCGAGUGCUGGACCGUCUGGGCCGGUUGCUACUGCUUCGCAAACACAGCAGUCGGUUUCAGAGUAUACGCAGAGGAAGAUUUAUGUGAGUAACGUGGGAGCAGAUUUGGAUCCCCAGAAGUUGUUGGGUUACUUUUCGGAGUUCGGAGAGGUUGAGGAAGGACCAUUAGGGCUUGACAAAGCGACUGGGAAGCCAAAAGGGUUUUGUUUGUUUGUUUAUAGGACUGUUGAGAGUGCCAAGAAAGCGUUAGAAGAGCCCCAUAAGACUUUCGAAGGGCAUAUUUUGCAUUGUCAGAAAGCUAUUGAUGGGCCGAAACCUGGGAAAUCGCAGAAACCACCACCACAGCAACAUCAUAAUUUGCAAAGCUCGCAUUACCAGAGGAAUGAUGGUGGUGGGUAUGCUGCUGGUGGGGGUCGAGGUGGUCAUUUAAUGGCCCCGGCUGCUGCUGGAGUUGGGAUUGGGUUUAAUCAGGGGGCCGCCGCUACUCCUGCGUUGAACCCUGCACUUGGACAUGCGCUGACAGCGUUUCUUGCAUCUCAGGGUGCUGGAUUGGGGGGGCUGACCAAUUUGCUUGGGACUUUGGGGUCUGCUGCGGCUGUGACUCAGGGUGGUGUACCUAGUACAGGCCAUGGAAUGCAAGGUGCUUAUGGGAACCAGACGAACAUAAGUCCCGGAGUGAUUGGAGCUUAUGCGAAUCAGGGAGCUAUGCAGGGUGGAUAUCCAAAUCAGCAGAUGGGACAGGGUGGAUCUGGGAGAGGACAACACGGGCAAUAUACCCCUUAUAUGGGUCACUAG